CCGCCGGACGAACGGUCACAAGUUUACAGGAGAGAAUUGAAGUUUAGUGGUACACAUUUUGCAGAGUUCGUGAACGAGGAGACUUGUGUGUUUGUGCUUGCGGAGUGCGCGGGCGCGCCUUCCCCUUGCGUUUUACAACUGUGUGUUUGUAGAUUUGUGUAUGUGUUUGUGACCCUCCGCCACUAUUGCUACUGCGACCACCUUCGUUAAAUCAUCGCAACAGUGAAAAACUAUAUCAGUUUCGAUAACAAUACAAUUGUACAGCUACAAUUGUUUUCUAAAUUUCUACACAAUAUCCAACAAAAUAGGUUGGUCAGAUUUUAGACGAGGCAGCAGUCUGCCAUCGGCGCCAUCAACCACCGGCACCAUGUUCUCAAAAUUAAAAUCGGGUACGUCGUCGGUUGGCCAAGGCGCCCAAAUAUUGGCAACAAACAAUAUCAUAAACUUAUUCGAAGUUGGCAAAUUAGUUUGUUCAGCUGGACCAGAACUCAUAUGGAAAGUCUACGAGGGCUUUCGAAAACCAGAUGGCAAAGAAGUGUCCAUAUUUGUUUUCGAAAAAAAAUUGGCUGAUAAAUUACACAAACCCCGACGGAAAGAAACAGUAACAGAAAUAUUGAAAAAGAGUGUUCAUUAUUUAGAGAUGCUAAGGCAGCCAAAACUCAUACUAAAGGUUGUACAUUCGGUGGAAGACUGUAACGAAACACUAGCUUUUGCUGCCGAGCCCGUUAUAGCUAGUCUUGCAAAUAUAUUGGCAUAUCAAGCGUCUAUUGGAGGCAGGUCAGGCAGUGGACCGCCAUCGACAGGAGCUUCUCACACAACAUCUGCAUUGCCCAGACCAGCUCAUGCUCGGGAGUACAACUUUUUAGACUUUGAAAUUAAAUACGGAAUUAGACAGAUAGCAGAAGCUCUGGAUUUUUUGUCUCCGCAAGUACAUCACCAUAACGUUUGUCCAAGCAGUAUACUUGUUACGAAAACAGGCACUUGGAAACUUAGUGGUUUGGAAUUUAUUGUUCAAACAGAAACAAGAGAACGCAUAACUUGCACACCAUGGACAUCAAGACUACCAAAAAUGGCACAGCCGGAUUUAGAUUAUAUAGCGCCAGAAGUUCAGCUGUCGUCUUACUGUAGUUCUCACAGUGACAUGUUUUCAUUAGGAAUGGUAAUAUUCGCGAUAUUUAAUAAUGGGCGGCCACUAAUUCAAGCUAAUCAUAGCAGCUCAACGUAUAUGAAACAGCUUGAUGUGCUGGAAAAUCAAAUACAUAAUGUGCUUCCAAAAGUUCCUGCGCAACUACAAGAAAUGGCUUCAAAAAUGUUAAGUAAAGAUGUUGAUGCUCGACCAGCAGUGAAAAAUUUGUUGCAUACGCCUUAUUUCUGUGACAGAUUUGUUGAAACAGUGCAAACACUAGACAUUAUCAAUAUGAAAGACCUGACGCAAAAAUGUCAAUUUUACAAAAUAACAUUAAAAGAGUCACUACCAUUCAUUCCAAAGAAAAUUUGGUAUCAAAGAGUUUGGCCAUUUUUACAACAUGAAAUGAUGAAAUCGGACGUUUCUGCUGCUGUACUGCAUCCUGUAAUAUUUUUAAUACAAGAAUCUACUUUAGAAGACUAUGAAACAUUAAUGCUCCCUGCAAUGAGUAAAAUAUUCAAUGGGCCUAAACAUGUUCCUGUUCAAGUAAUAUUACUUGAAAAUUUACACGUGAUAUUAGAUAAAACACCAAGAGAUGAUAUUAGGAAAGAAGUAUUACCAUUACUGUAUACAGCUUUUGAUUUUUCGGAUAUUGAAGUCCAGAGUGCCGCUGUACUAGCUGUUACAAAUGUUUCCCAGUAUAUGGAUGAUACAGCUAUUAGAAGAAUGGUUCUACCUAAACUAAAGAUGGUGUAUGAAACGAACCCUAACGACUUAAAAAUUGUUUUAAAUAUACUGGCAUGCCUAGAAAUAAUAUUACAUAGACUCGAAAAGCAACAAAUAAUUGAGGAAGUAUUACCACUAAUAUGGAUAAUUAGUCAAACUGAUCCAGAAGUAAUAGCCAGAAUAGCAAUAAUUUAUAGCAUGAUUUUGAGAGACAAAAAGUAUGGGCUAUCCGUGACUUUAAUAGCAACGAAAAUUAUGCCAACAUUAAUUCCCCAUACAAUGAAUCCUGGUUUAAAUUUAGAGCAAUUUCAGACAUUAAUAGAGCUCUUGCAAGACAUGUUAGAUCAUAUUGACAGAAACCAAAGAAAUAAACUUAAGUUGGAUACGAUCUCAAUGCAAAGUCCUGAUAGACACCGUCCUUUAAGACAUUUGUACAGUUCUGAUAAUAUGCAUGCCCAAAAUUUCAAUAUACCAAACUUGAAAAUUGAACAACGCAAAACAUCAAGCGCUGAAGAUAUGGUUCGGAAAAAUUCAGCAGGUAGUUGGUGGUUCGGUGGAUCACCUUCUGGGUCAGAUAGUAAUUUUUUACGUGUAGUAAGCUCAUUUCCAAACCGUCGUCUGUCCGAUAACAUGUUAAACACACCCAAAAUUCGAGUAGCUCCAUCGUGUGCUUCAUCACCAGGAAGUACACCAUGUGGUACUGGACUACCAAUUCGUAGACAUUCCAACGUGGAACGUCGAGGCUCUACAAUAAACUUAUCUCCACCAUCGGGCUAUCAAUACAUCAGAUCGGUUAGUCGCAAUGGGUCCACAAUGUCGGUACCAUCAUCGACGUAUCUUGCACGGAGCAUGAUAGGUGGAAGUAUGCCAAAUACCAGUAGCAGUGUACCGUAUCUUCUUAGUUCAAGUAUGAAUAGCAUUCGUUCGAGAAGACAAAGCACAUGUUCGCAGGGUUCAGGCACUGGUAUUUUACAACAAUUAGGUUCUGGUGUAGUAAAACAACUUUCAACGUUACAGAACCCAUAUCAAUUUUUCGGUGGAAAUAAAUGAAAUUGAUAGAAUUCCAGGAAAUAUGUUUUCCUUAACAAAGAACUUAACGUUAAUUAUACUGUUGUCUUUACCAAUUUUCACAAGAAAACGGUAUUAUUCUCUUUUUGCCAGAGUUAGCGGAAUCAAAACAUAUUUGAAGUUAUCGUGAUCAUUAAUUAUUUAUUAUAAGGAAUUAUAAUAAUUUAAAUAAUAAAAAGGUGAGUAGUUCUAGUAAUUUUCAAGUACUGCUGUAAGAAUGGGAAUUUAUUUUUAUGUAUAAUUAUAAAUAUUUAUAUUAUAUUGUAUUUUUAAUGAUUUCAAAACAAUGAACCCUUUGAACCAUAAAUGUCUUUAUUUAUUUUUAUUAUCGUCUAUAGACAACUCGUCUAUAGUAUAAUCAAGUAAAAUAUUUAUAAUAAAUAGAAUUCUUAUUGGAACAUCAUUUAAAUUUUAGUCGGGUGACUUUUUUAAAUACUUUGAAUAAAUUAAUUUAAUUUUUUUUUUGAUAAAAUGUAAAUAAUUAUUGAUCAUUUUAUAUUUUAUUGAAAUGACGUCUACAUAUCUAAACAGACAUAAUAUUUGAAGUGUUUCUAGUCAAGGACAAAAACUUAAUCCAAAAAAAUCAUAUUAUAAUCAAAGCCUCUUAGAAAUAAUUAAUUAAUAUCAAAUCAUAAUUAAAAGACUGAAAUAUUAUUUAACUCCCAAAUAUAAACGAAACCUAAAUUUGAUAUAAAUAAAAAACACUAAUGCAAUCGAAAACAAUAAAAAAGACUUCUUAUAACUGAAACCACAAUAUUUUUUUGGCUUUUCCUUGAUUAUGAACAUCUUUGUUUUUCUUGUUCAUUUUUUUACUAAUAAAACUAAAAUUAGAAGGUUCGUAAAAGACUUUUGUUUUUAAAGAGUUCAGAAAAAUGAUUUUUAUCAUAUAAUUUAAUAAAUUUAUUAUGUAUUCAUGUAAUUUUUAAUUUUUUUUUACUCUUCUUUAUCUAUUAAGAAAUUCUAUUUUCAUUGUCUUUAACUAAUUAUUAAUUUAUUCGUCAUUUAAUUUGUGUACUUAUUAAAACUGUAUGUAUUGUAUAAGUAAAUCAAAAUAAUUAUGUAUACAGGGUAUCUUGAAAUGAAAUAAAUAUAUUUUAGGUAUUGAUCCUGAGGUCGAAAUUAAACAAAAGUUAUUUGCCACAAACCUUUAAGUCUAACAAAAUACUAAAGGUUUAAAUAAUGAAUGUGGCACAGUCACAGUAGAAAUUUCGUUCCAUUAAUAAUAUUAAGGUGUUAUUUUGAUAUUUUAACCAAAUUUAACGAUAUAACAUUCAUGUUUGUCUUUGAACAUCAAAAACAUGAUAGAAACAGGCCCGAAAUAAGGGUGGCGAACAUUCCAAGGCCCGCGAGCUUAAGGGGCCUAUCUCAAAUUUUAUUAUCAUGUCAUUAUUAGUGGAAUACAAUUGUUUUGGUUAUUUUUUGCUCGUUUUUUUUUUCAUUUUCCAUAUGGGGAAACUCCCAUUGUUAUCCAUCUUGAUAUAACACACCGGGGCCCAUAUAGUCUUAAUCUGACUCUGAAUAGAAAAUUUUUCUUUUCGACCUUAAGAAGCAUAUCAAAAUAUUUAUGUUCAUUUUAGAACACCCUGUAUGUUUAUAUAUGUAUACUAGUUAAUAAUGUUAGCUAUUGAAUAGUACCUAUACCAAACAUAUCUUUAAUUGUUUUUGUUUGUGUCAUUUUCAGUAAUUUUGCUCAACUUGUGAUUCGUUAAACGUUAUAAUUGUAAAAUAAUGUUAAAUAUUUUAAUAAUAAUUUACCAGUAGCUAACAUAGUCGUAAGAAAAUGCAAAUAGUCAUAUGUGGUAUUGUUUUAUUAAACUUAAUACAAGUUGUAAGCUCUUAAAAACAUUAAGUCUUAAAAUAGUUAAAAAUAUUUUAUCAUGUAUAUUGUACAGAAAAACGUUUGUAGAAAAAUUCUUGAAUUUACAAGUGUUGGAAUUUUACUUUAAGAGAAAUACAAUUUUCAUAAAUGAAGAAUGUUAUUAGUAAUAUGCGCCUAAAUCAAUGAGGCCAACCUAGAUGACAAAUUUAGAUUAUACCUUUAUAACAAACCCUUUUAAACUCGAGUUAAUUUUCUAAAAUUUACAUCAAUAUAAGAUAAAAUUUAUUCGUGAAUUUUUAAAUUCAUUAACUUUAUUUUUGUGAUUUACUCGCAAGGAAAACUACCUUUGGCAAUUUGAGAGACUUGAGCAAUACCGUUUAUGACCAUUUAUAUUACUAUGUAAUGUACUAAUGUCAACUAUAAUCAACUAUAAUGUAAUAUUGUAAUAUUGUAGAUAUUUUAUUGUUACUUACGCGUAUUUACUUUAGAACUGACUAAGACAAUCGCUGUUUAUUCUAAAUUUCAUCUAUCUUAUAAUAUUUAUAAUUAUUGUCAUGAUAAAAAGACAAUCCAAUUCUGUUUGAAGUAUAUAUUUUUUUUUAUAUUAAUUAUUUAUAAGGGUGUACCAUCAAUUAUUUUGCCUACCUGAUAUCCACUUUAUUUAAUCUAUAGGUCAAGAAUUAAUUAACUCAUUGAAAUGUUUAAAAAAAUUAUCUUGUGUCUACAUUAAUUUGUGAUGUAUAAUUAGAAUAUAUUUAAUAUGUUAAAAUGAGUUAACUAUAUAUAUUUCAAAUUUAAAAAAAAAAUUACCAUUUUGAAAAUGUUUAAUUUUAUUAUUAAACUUACAAUUUAAGAACAAAGCAUUUUCUAUAUUAUCCAGUAAUGUAUCUACAUAAGGGACUACCUGAAGUAGCUGCUCCAGGGCACAAGGAAAAGAACUCUCCCAAGUCUUUAGGUGCCUCAUUAACCCAAUUAAACUCGGAUAAACAUGUAUAUAAUAUUAUUUAUAAUUUAUGUUUUUGUGUUUAUGUAUGUUCUAAGUUUUUGAAGUCAAAUUUUUUUUUACUAGACACAAAAUUUUACAGAAGCAUCAAAUGCAAAUUGUCCCAGGGCGCUUAAACAUAAAUGUUAACGUUCGCAAACCAAAUUUAAAAAUUACAGUUUAAACCAUCAUCCAAUAUUGAUUCCUUCAUCUUAUUUUUGUUGAUGAUUUUAAAGUACUGGGUCUUUUUUUUAUGUCAGACGACCACAUAAUUAUUUUCCCUAUUGGCAUGUUGUGGGUAAAUUACCCGUGAUAUUCAAGUUCGAAUGGCAUACCCCUCAGUGAUAAAUUUACUGGGUAUACUAGCGCUUUGCCCUUGAAAUAUUCAGUCACGAGUAAUUUAAUUUGUUUAGGUAUAGUAAAAUUAGUUACAAACAUCGUAAAGCAAAAUGUUUCUUCUAAUUCUUUUAUUUACAUAAACACAAAUAUGGGAGAUCAUAGGUGUUUUUUUUUUUUAAGGGUAAAAAAUACGAAUACAAACUUUUUUCUAAAAAUAGCUAUAAUUAUACUGUCACAAAAAAGUUGUUGACAAUUUUAAAGUUAACGACUUUUUAAUCAUCAACUGAUUUUUACUAAGAAGACUUGAGUUUUAGAAGAAGUACGCAUUUUGUACACUUUCUCAACAAAUUUGCAUUUGGCUUGGAUACGUUUAUUUUUUAGAAAAGCUAACAUUAAAUUACAAACUUUAAAAUGUAUUAUUUAAAAAUUUAUUUUAUUUUAAACGAACUACUUAUAAGUAGGCUAUUGCUCAGUUGAUAACAGAUGCCUCAAUGCGUAAACAAGGUCGCAUUUAGAAGGAUACUGUAAGCGAUUACUCUGAGCGGCACUAAAAUAAAAAGCUAUAUAAAUUAUCGUUAAAAAAAAUUCUUUUUUUGCUCAUUCAGAUUAAAAAACCCAGCACAAAACCCAUCGUGGCAUAGUUGUGUCCAGAAUAGAUUUAAUCUGACGGUGAUUAAAAUCAUUAUCAUACAAAACGCUACAAUGCAAAUCUGUAGAUAGUUUUUAAAUUUUAAUUGUUGUAUUAUUCCAAAAGCAACAUGAUCUCCUAUUUCUUUAUUUUUAUUCU